AUGGCUUUCUCGGAAACUGAAGGAGCUGCUGCUGAGCAGAACGGCCAUGCGUCGCUCGAGCCGCCGCAUCGCGUUGUCGUGGUCGGAGGCGCCUACGCCGGCAUGGCAGCCGUGUUGGGCCUGCUCGACGGCAUUGAUGGCGGACGCGGAAGAAGGCCGCGGCGGCGUGUCGAGAUCACCCUGCUCGACGAGCGGGAUGGCUUUUUCCACUCGGUAGGCUCGCCCCUCGCCCACGUCGCCAGAGCCGCGGUGCAAGGCUCGUGGCUCCCGCACCGGGACAUCGCGCGCCUGCAGCGCAAAGAAGUCCGCAUCCUGCACGGGGCCAUCAAGCGCGUGACGCCGUCGACGCGCACCAUCGCAUAUAUCGACAAUGACAACGACGGCCAAGAAGCCCGCCUCGAGUAUGACUACCUCGUCCUAGCCACAGGCCUGAAGCGCGCCUGGCCAAUAGUCCCGCGCGCCACGGCCUUCAAGGACUACGUCCUCGACGCCAACAAACACAUCGCCGGGAUCGCGACGGCGGCGAACGCGACCGUGGUCGUUGUCGGCGGAGGCGCCGUCGGCAUCGAGUUCGCCGCCGAAAUAAAGCAGCACCACCCGCACAACCGCGUCGUGCUGAUACACUCGCGCCAAUCCCUGCUCUCGAACGAGCCGCUUCCCCAAGAGUUCAAAGACCGCGCCGCGCAGCUGCUGCGCGCCGAAGGCGUCGAACUCGUCCUCGGGCAGCGCGCGACAAUGGCCAAGAGCGCGGACGGAGUCACAGCUACCAGCACCACCGUGACGCUCACCGACGGGCGCAGCAUCGUCGCCGGCGCCGUCUUCGAUGCCGUCAGCCGUUUUACACCUAACACGUCGUUUCUGCCGCGCGAGGCCGUCGAUGCCGAGGGCUACGUUUUCGUGGACGAGAGAAUGGCACUCACCUCUUCCCCCCGACAUUUCGCGGCCGGCGACAUCUGCCACUGGAGCGGGAUCAAGCGGGCCGGCCCCGCGCUCGUCAUGGGGCAGGUCGCCGCAUCGAACAUCGUGGCCGGAAUGCUCAACGACGAAGACCCUAGCGCUGCGCCGCCGGCUCCGUCAACGUUUCCGCACGUCGCGCCUAUGAUGGGCCUGGCUGUGGGAGCGCAGGCCGUCACGUUCCAUCCCGACCAGGGCGUGCUGUGGGGACGGGAGAAGCUGGAGGAUGUGUUUGGGGAGGAUUUGGGGUGGGGCAGUAAGUGCGCGUGUUUGCUUUUGUUUGUUUGUUUGUGGUGA